AUGGGCAAGCCCAAUCUACUUUCUUCAAAACUUUUCACAAUCCCUAGCAUCCUAGAGGGUAUCAGCGCUUUUCCUAGAGCUGCUCAAACUCAAAAUCAAUCAUCUGAAACUUCAUCGGGGGAUAAAGACGAGUAUUCAGCACUUAAAGCGGGAUUAAGAAAAGUUAAGAUCUUUAAGGAGUACGUCUCGAUUAAAAGAGGCAAAAAAGCCUCCGGCAAGGAUGAUAAUGAAAUUAGCGAAAGCAGGAGUGACGAAGGUGACUAUUCCAAUUCCAAUUCCAAUCUUGUUGACUCGGAAUCAGGCGAUGAUUCCGGAGACGGCGAAUCGUUCGAGAAUGCUACGUUCGGAAAUCAUUUAGCUAUGGCAUGUUGGCAUAUGCAAAUUACGCCUGUGGAUCUCUUUUCGAGGACAAUCUUUAUUACAAGUAUAACUCAGAUUCCGAAACGCAGCAUCUUACCAUGCAAGAAGAGGAAAUUAAAUUUCAAAUCACCACCGAAGGGCGAACCGUUGUUAAAGAAAGAUUAUGAUGAAGAAGGUGGAGAUGAUAUUGACUUUGACCGGCGGCAACUCAGCUCCGAUGAGUCUCUAGUUAACCUACCUCAGAUAAUUCUUCCGGCUUCUGAGUUUGGGGACGACAGUUUUGCAAUCGGGAAUUGGGAACAUAGGGAGAUAAUCUUCGGCUUCGAUGUGUUGACAGAAUAUUUUUUGGGACUUGCUUUCUGCAUUCAGUUUUACGAGGUGAAAGAUCGAAUGUGUCAUAAAUAUAGAAGUAAGAACCAAGUUUACCCAUCUCUAGUGGUGUUCUUUGGCAGGAAAACAGAAUUGGAUAUGGAGUACAUUGUGAUCUAA